AUGUCAGGAAAACUGUCUAAAGCUGAUUGCGACAUUAUUGCACAACAGAAAGACAACAAUCUUGAGUCUGGUCAAUUGGUCGCAAGAAUUUCGGGCAAGACAAGGCCCAGCAAUUACAAGAUGGACGAGUCAAGGUCCAAUAGGAAAUCCAAUGUGAGAAGGAAGAAUGUCAAUAACGAGUCUAGUUCUUCGGCGAAAAGGAGCGAACAGUCCGACAGCGACGACGAUUGGUGGAGUCCUCCUCAAAGGACAUUACAAGUAACCACAGCAGAAAUGAAUCUCAGGUGGGAUCAAUUACAGUGGAAACCACACAAGGACCACUUCUUACGCGGCUCCCAGGAUUGGGGAGUUUAUAAAAAUGACGUGAUGUUCGCUUUGCAGUCGAUAGGGUAUGUUAAAGGGAUCAAAUUAACAAACCUAGAUAAAGCAAAUUUCGGAUCAAUGAUCAGGAGAUCAGUGACCGAUAACCCAAGAAGAAUCAUUGAAGAUUUAAGCAGCGGAUUGGAUAUGAUGAAAUUACUCAACAAGACAUAUCGACAGUCUGGCACAAUACAGGCUGAAAACUUUUUCAAUGACCUAAUAGAGCUGGCUUACGACGGAGGUAACGCCAUUGAUUUCGUGACAAAAUUUAGAGUCUGCGUUAGAGACUUUAAAUCAACUGGUCAGGAGUUAGCUGACAAUAUCACAAUACUUAUAUUCAAACGUGCGGUCGAGAAAAGGGCCCACAGAUGGCAUUAUGAGGCCUCACAUACCUCAAACCAAACAAUGGUCGUUGGAAGAACUGAUCAACAAUUUCAUCUCCAACCACAGUCUCAAGGCUUUUCAUAA